UGUGAUAUCUGUAGUAAAUCAUUUUCUCAGAAAGGCCACCUUAUUGGUCACAAACGCAUUCAUACAGGAGAGAAACCAUAUCGCUGUGACAUUUGUGGUAAAUCAUUUCCUCAGAGUUGUAACUUAACUACUCACGUACGCAUUCAUACAGGGGAGAAACCACAUCACCGUGAUAACUUUGGUAAAUCAUUUUCUCAGAAAGGUAGACUAAUUGGUCUCAAACACAUUCAUAAAAAAGACAAACCUUUUCACUGUGAUAUCUGCGGUAAACUAUUUCCUCAAAGUUGUGACUUAACUAAUCACAUACGUACUCAUACAGGAGAGAAACCAUAUCACUGUGAUAUUUGUGACAAAUCAUUUUGUCAGAAAGGCCACCUUAUUGGUCACAAACGCAUUCAUACAGGAGAGAAACCAUAUCGCUGUGAUAUUUGUGGUAAAUCAUUUAGUCUAAGUUGUAACUUAACUGUUCACGUACGUACUCAUACUGGGGAGAAGCCACAUCAUCGUGAUAACUGUGGUAAAUCAUUUUGUCAGAAAGGCAGCCCCAUUAGUCACAAACACAUUCAUACAAGCGACAAACCAUAUCAUUGUGAUAUCUCUGGUAAAUUGUUUCCUGCGCCAACAAUCGUAAAUAUACAUGAACAUCCUCAUACAAGACCGAAACCGCAUCAUUGUGAUAUUUGUGGUAAAUCUUUCCCUGUACCAAGUCACUUAACUAAACACAAACGAGUUCACACAGGAGAGAAACCUUAUGAGUGUGAUAUCUGUAGUAAAUCAUUUUCUGGGAAGCAUCACUUAGUGAUCCACAAGCGUAUUCACACUGGAGAUAAACCACAUCGCUGUGAUAUCUGUGGAAAAGUCUUUGCUCAGAACAGUCAUUUAACUGCUCACAAACGUAUUCAUACAGGAGAGAAACCAUUCCAGUGUAAUGUCUGCAGUAAAUCAUUUCCUCAAAAUAGUGAAUUAACUUGUCAUAAGCGUUCUCACACAGGAGAGAAGCCAUAUCUCUGUGACAUAUGUGGUAAAUCAUUCUCUCAAAAAGGCUACUUAACUAAACACAUGCGUAUUCAUACAAAACAGUAGCGAGCUCAUUAUCAGAAUGGAGUUUAUGAUAAAUGCAGUGCAUAAUGUAAAAUAUUUUUUAUGAUGAUCAUUGAAGGAAUAAUUUUCUGAAUAUUUCCUAAUAUUCAGAAAACUUAUUGGAGAAACAAACAAAAAAAAAGACAAAUUUACUCAUCAAAAAUUGAAAACAACAUAUUUACUGCAUUGUGUUUACCAAAACCAUCGAAAUUCACUGAAUGAAAAAUUCUGCAUGAUACAACCAAAAAAUAUAUUCCCCUUUCUAAGAAGAUAUCACAUUAUAUUUUGUAUAGUUACAUAAAAAUAUCUUUACUGUGAGGUAACUUUCCUCUGUGAUAUGUUUAAUAAAUCUUUCUUUCUCCAUAUAUAUAUAUCAUCAUCAUCAUCAUCAUCAUCGUUUAACGUCCGCUUUCCAUGCUAGCAUGGGUUGGACGAUUUGACUGAGGACUGGUGAAACCGGAUGGCAACACCAGGCUCCAGUCUGAUUUGGCAGAGUUUCUAUAUAUAUAUAUAUAUAGUCUGUGAUCAUCACUACACCAGUACCAGAGACUGUGAUCAUCACUACACCAGUACCAGAGACUUACUACACCAUUACAUUGUGAAGUAUGGUAAUGUUUAUGGUUUGCUAAUGAAGUCAUAAAACUGAAUUAUGCCCACAGUUGUCUUCUAUACUUAUUAAAAUAAUGUAAUAUUAAUCAGUGGUUAAUGUUUGUCAUAUUUUCUCAUCUUGUGAUGAUUUG